AUGGGCUGCCUCAACUUGACCUUCCUUCUUGAGAGCGGCGCAUUCGCCGACUUUCAUCUCAUUUGCACCGAUUCGGAUGGAGUCGAGAAGAAGUUUUCGGUGCAUAAAAACAUUGUCUUCACGCAGUGUGCGAAGAUAAGAGACCUGGCCACCAUCGCUCCCAUUAAAAGAGGUUCAGACGGCAUCGAAUUUGCACACCUCGAAUAUGAUCCAGUCCCGUUCGGCGCCGUCCUCCACUUUCUCUACUCCGGUGAGUACGAGGCUGAGUCGCAGCCGGCGACGCGGAAGCGAGGCGAAAGCGAGCAAGACCUUCACGACAUCCCUCAGCCGCUCUUCUACUCCCUCCGUGCCCUCAAACUGGCCCAUGAGCUUGAGAUCUUCAUCAUGUACGAGGAGGCGGCCUCGGCGUUGCGUUUCUCAGCAGAGUAUUACACACACCACGUCGAUUUCCCCAGCAUGGUCGAUGAGCUUUACGGAACGUGCGGCCACCAUGCACAGUUCGACAUGUACCUCAAUAGAAUCGCUGGGUUGAUUUCAGAGAACUCUCUUGUCGACAGACGCUUUCAAGACCGUUUGAACCCAAUCAUGCUCAAACACCCACGGCUUGCUCUCGACGCAAUGGAAGCAACCUUCGAAGCUCUCGCCGAGACUAGGCGGGAACUUGUGCGGGCACAAGAAGACAUCUCAGACAUGCGGGCCCAGGGCUUCGUCCGGGACGAGUUCUGGGCCCAGGCGGAGAGUGAUCGUCAGCGGGACAGAGAGACGAAGCAAACAACAGCGGACAGGUUCGAAUACCGAGUGGUGCGUGGCAGCCUCAAGAGAAGCCCAUCCUCUUAG